UGUAGCGGCAGAAAUCCUGACACACGAGCCGCUGAUUGAGAGCGUGAUGUCGAUGGCUGAGCACAUGCUGUCGCAGCAGCACUUUGCAUCAGAUGACGUGCAGGACCAUCUGAACACGCUAGUCACUUCUCUGCAGCGGUUGAAGGAAAGCUCCGCUGAUAGACAGAGGAGACUUCUCGAUGCUGUUGAGUCGCAAACUUUUUUUAUGAGAGCAAAAGAAACAGAGCAGUGGUUAUCUGAGAAAUCCAUUCUCAUCAACAACACUGACCUUGGAAAAGAUGAGGAUGAUACAGAGCUGAUGCUAGGAAACCUUGGCACACUUGAUCUGGACAUUGAAAAUUAUGGCAGUAAUAUCAAAGAGCUAAAGGCUCUCACCCAUGGACUAGUGCAAAGAAAGCAUUUUGAUAUGCAACGAAUACAGAAACAGCAGGAAGAUAUAGAUGAAAGCUACAAGGCACUGAAGUCUAUGUCUAAAAACCAGAGAAAGGCACUACAAGGUCAAAUGCAGAUGCUAAAAUUCCAACAUGAGGCUGAUGACUUUGAGGAAUGGAUAACAGAAAAAGAGCAAGUGGCAUCAUCUCGCGACAUGGGUACUGACCUCGAGCAUGUACUGACCUUACAGAAGAAGCAUGAAUUGUUUAUGCUGAGCCUGAACAACUUUGUGACAAGACAGGAGGAGGUGAAGAAUCUUGGGACUGAGAUAUCCGAGUUAGGUCAUCCGCAGGCAGAUGUUGUCAAUGCCCGUUGCGCCCAGCUUGAUGACAAGUGGAAGGCCAUGUUAGAAACCGCAAAUGAGAGACUCAAGGCACUUCAAGGAGCAGAGAAGAUUCAUGUAUUUGAUCAUGAUGUUGAGGAUACUAUCGAUUGGAUUGAGGAGAAGGAGGCAAUACUUGCAUCAGAAGAUCUCAGUGCAGACUUAGAUAUUGCUGAUAAAUUGCAGCGAAAGUAUGAAACGUUUGAGCGAGACUUGGUAGCAAUUGGCAAGCAAGUUCAUAGCCUUACCCCUGUGGCAGACGAUCUGUACAAGCAGUUUCCCGAUGCCAGAGAACACGUGGAGACGUACCACACAGAGGCAGUGCAGGCAUGGAAUGAACUACAGGAGAAGGCAGCUCAAAGGAAACAAAAGUUGACGGAGUCGCACAAUCUGCAGUCAUACUUUGACAAUUACCGAGAAUUGAUGACAUGGAUAUAUGAGAUGACGGCUACACUGACGAUGGACAUGCUCCCACAUGACGUUGCCGGUGCAGAAGCACUUGUGAAGAAUCACAAGGAGCACAAGCUAGAAAUCGACAUUAAGAUGAAUGACUUCAAGGAGUUCACAGGGAAAGGAGAAGCACUGAUCAAUCAAACUCACGUCCUGUCCCAUGAGAUACAGGAAAAGAUCGACCGCAUUAACACUGCAAGCGAUCAGCUACUGGAUGUCUGGCAGAAGCAAGCCGUGCUCUAUGACUGCAACCUAGAUGCACAGCUGUUUAAUCGUGAUGCAGAGCAACUGCAUGCAUGGAUGCGAACACGCGAGCCAGCACUGAAAGAUACAAACUAUGGCGGCUCAAUGAGGGAGGUUGACGAGUUGGUUAAGAAGCAGGAUGAUUUUCAGAAGACAGUUGAUGCACAGCUGGACAAGGUCAACGCCCUCAAGAGACAGACACUGCUAGAGAAGGCAUUCCAGGAGAAAAAAGAGAUUGAAAUAAAGCAACGAGAAAAGGAGAAAUUGCAGAAGAAACAGUCAGAGCUGGAAUCACUACGACUAGUAGCAGUGGAGCCGAAACCUGAGGAACACGCAGAGUCAUCAGAUGACACCGUAAAAUCUACAGAAUCGGAUGGACAGCCGGACUCCCCAGAGUCAGUGAGGAUAUUACAACAGCCUUUUGUAAAACCAGAUGUGAAGGAAGCUUCAAUGACUAUGUCCUUGCUGCAGGACGAACAAGCCACGCAAUACAUAGGCACAGAUGUUCACACUGAGAAAGAAGUGGUUGGAAGUUUUCCUACUGAGAAACACGAGCAUGUCGAGCUGACGCCUCGGCCAGAUGUCAAUGAUGCACGAAGAACAUCUCCUGAAAAGCCAGAACAGCCAUUUCCCCCAGCUAGGUUUGCCAAAACUGAGGCACCACAGAAAUCAUCUGGCUCCCCAAAGUUUACUCCAGUGAAAAAGACAGGUAGUCAUAGAAGAGAAAGGGCUGCAGCACCGAGCUUUCAAAUAAGGAAGACAAGCGUCCCAAUCACUCCCGAGAAACUGAACAAGCUACAUCCCAUAGUGAAGGAAGGCUACUUGCAGCGGAAGCAUGUGUAUCAUUCAAGAAGAAAGAAGGCAACUAUACGUUCAUGGAAGCAUUACUAUGUGGUCUUGUCUGGAGAUCUGUUGGCAUUCCUGAAAACUAAAGGACAAUAUGAAGCUAUGCAGACCCACUCAACAUUUCCACUCCUCAUACAUAAGUCUAGGGUAACUGUUGCGACUGACUACACAAAACACAAGCACGUCUUUCGCUUGCUGUUGGCUGACAAUGCAGAGUACUUGUUUCAAGCACCAGAUGAGAAUGAAAUGAGAGAUUGGAUAGAUAAGAUACAGAUGCAGUCAGUGCUAAUGCCAGAGGCAACUGGCACCUUGCUGGAGACUUUAACAGCAGCAGAUGAAUAUAAGGAGCUGGGCAGUGGAUUGGGUACAGAAAGCCUGCAGGCAUCUCCACGACCCAUGGGAGGAGCACAGCAACAGAGAAAAGCAUCUGAUGAGACGGCAAAGAAUUCUGACAGUGGCCCAGGGAGAGCGGUGCUGGUGGUUGAGGAGGGACCGCAGCGUGGGGGAGUGACGGUGCUCACACCGGAUGCUGUCGCUGAUGGCAGCAAGAUGCAGGAUGCACAAUUCACGACAUCGCUGAUGGCCUCCACAGGGGAAGUCGUGCCGCCCCCGCGCGCAAUUGGUAGAAAACAAAUGCCCCUGCCACCGCCACCACAGGCGUGUGAGCACGUCGCAUCGGAAAUGGAUAAUUCACGUUUAGAAUCCCCUGUGCUAAUGCCUUGCGGGGAAGAGUCCGCACCGUCUGCAGUUGAAAGCUGUAAGCUUGAUGCUGUUCUUGACAUCCAAGAUGCUGUACUCAGUAUCACUCCAGAAGAUGCACCUGCACAUGAAGAAAUGGUUGCACCCAGCCUGCUGCCUCAUCAACACGGACUAAAACGCAAGUCAGAGGAAAUCAGUGAUGAGGAUCAUCUUCACGAACAGUUAAUUGAAAUAGACGAGAAUCAAGUGGAAUUUGCUGCCGACGUUUUUCAUUCGGAUACGGAGACUGAUACCACAGCUCACAUAACCAUGGAGAAGCGACCAAAGAUGGAUGUAAACGUGAGCAUUUCACCAAUCGAUAGCCUAGCUUUUGAGCCAGCAAUAACAGUUAAAGAGCCACCAUUGUCACAUGAGCCACCCACCACUGUCUCAGUUCGUCCAAAACAACGUCUCCAAGAAAUGAUGCCAUCAAGCAACUUCAAUCAAGACCAUGUUCCCAAAGUUCACCAGAAAGACACGCUAGCACCAGAAUCAGCAAGGGUUCUGCCUAAGGAACCAAAACCUGGCAUAUCUAUUCACGUAGUGAGUGCUAGUGGUGAUGUUACACUGGAUGGAAAGAUACGUCCAUACUCGGACCCUAACGUCGCCUUGGCCUCGGAAAAGCAGCCAUCAUUGUGGAUGGGACCACCAGUUAGUGGCAGACCAGUAGGCAAGCCAAUCAAAAGUAUGCCUCCAAUACCACAACGUAGUGUAAAACCUCAGAGCGAAUUCAGACCCCUGUUUGCAGAAUCUUUGAGUCAACCCAGUGGCAGUGGAGAACAGGCACACACAAUGCCACCCUCAAGUAAGAUCACUAUGUCACCAGGUGACAGAGCAAAAACGCAAUCACUUGGUGCAUCAGGUGGCACAGGCGAAACCGAUGAGAAGAAGAAUAAGGGAAGUGUGCUUGCUUUUUUCCGUAAUAAGAAUGACACCCAUAGGUCUGACAAGGAAAAGAAGAAACAGAGUAAGCAGCAGCAUAAGAAAGAGAAACACAAGAAAGACAAAGGGUAUUGAGAAAGUGAUAGCCCUGCAGCAUAAUGUUGAAGGUUUUGCGAUGAUCAACUACAAUAAAGAAUAAAAUAAUGUCCAUGAUCGGACCCAAACUGCAUGCAGUGCCCGUUCGUACACUCAGGAUACCACUGCCACAAUGCCAGCACUAUUUUUAAAGUGG